AUGGCAGAAGAAGUUUCAAAAAGACUGUUAGCGGAUUUGCAUUUGAAGUUCAUAUUGGGUUUGGAUGAAAAAAAGGAUGAUUUAAGGUAUUGGAUGUCGCAACAUCUGAAGGUGAGUGGUGCCUUUUGGGGACUUAGUGCCAUGGAACUGUUGGGCCACUUAGAUAAAAUUAAUCGGCAAGAUGUGAUUGAAUUUGUGGUGGGGUGCUGGAAUAGCGACGGUGGAUUUGGUGGAAAUGUGGGGCAGGACUCACACAUGCUUUACACCCUGAGUGCAGUUCAGGUGCUUUGCCUUUUGGGUGCACUAAAUGCUAUUGACAAGGAGAAGUGUGCUUGUUGGGUGGCAUCCAUGCAACUCCCAGACGGAUCAUUUCAGGGCGAUGAAUGGGGUGAGGUGGACACACGCUUUGUCUAUAUUGCGAUGAAUUGUUUGCAGUUGCUUGGGAGACUGCAUCUGAUAGACUUGGAUGCGGCUGUCCGGUGGGUGCUGCAAUGCCAAAACUGGGAUGGGGGGUUUGGCGUCGCACCAGGGGCGGAGAGCCACGCAGGGCAAAUAUUUUGCUGCGUCGGUGCUCUUAGUAUCGCUAACGCGUUGCAUUGUAUUGACAAGGAGCAAUUGUCAAGUUGGCUGGCUAUGCGACAGCUGCCAUCUGGAGGGUUGAAUGGCCGCCCUGAAAAGAAGGCCGAUGUGUGCUAUAGCUGGUGGGUCGUGUCAUCUUUGUCAAUGCUUGGGCACACCGAUUGGAUUGACCGCAAAGCUUUGUUUAAUUUUAUUUUGGCAUGCCAGGAUGCUGAGGACGGCGGCAUUUCAGAUAAACCUGGGAACAUGGCAGACGUAUAUCACACCUUCUACGGCCUGUGCGGGCUGAGUCUUCUCGGGUACGAGGACUACCCACUGAAUGAGAUCAAUCCCGUCUACGCUAUGCCCUACUCUGUGCUUGAGGAGUUGGGCGUACCGGAAGAGAGGGGACUGCACGUCGGCAAGGCCCGCAGAGAGAAGGCAUAA